AUGAGUAAAGAUAGUCACAGUCUAUUUGAAGAAAAUUCUCGUAGACAUCAUUCAUUCAUCUCUUUACCAAUCCGAUUCGAAUCUCAUAAAGUUACUAAUGGUACUCGAUUAGUUUCACCAUCAAGAGGAUCUAAAAUAUCAAAGAAUACUAAAUAUACAUCAGCUCGAUCAACACGAGAUUUGACUUCAUUAAACCAUAAAAAAACUAAAUAUGUACAAUUGUAUAAGCCAAUUUAUAGAGCUCGAUGUAGUAAAACUAUCAACGGACAAUUUUUUUAUGAUGAAGGUGAUGAAUUUGAAUUAAUUAAGAAAAUUGAUGAAAAAUACUUACGUGUUAUUCAUUUACGUACAAAUACUGAAUCUACAAUACAUAAAAAACGUUUACGGCUUGAUUCUAAAACACCAUUACGUUUACAUAAUGCUGAUCGAGGUGUUAUACAACGAUGCUUAUUACAAUAUAAUGUACCUGGUGCUUAUCUCAUACGUCGAAGUAAUACUGAAUCUAAUGCAUUUGUUUUAAGUAUAUCUCAAAUAUCGAAUCAAAGAAAUGCUGAAGAUUGGCAUUAUUUAAUAUGUAUUGAUCCAUUAAAUCAUUGUUUUUAUUUUGCACAAGAAUCAAAAUUAAAUCAUAUGUUUUUUAGUUCAUUUCGAGAACUUAUUCAUGAUCAAAAUGUUCUGAAUGUCGUACCAUUAUCAAUAAUAUUACCAUUUCGAAUUGAAUUUGAAGAGGAUCUAUGGCAUAUUCCAAUACGUCAUUUAACACUGGAGUAUCGUAUAGGUGAAGGUGAAUUUGGAGAAGUGUGGCAUGCAUUGUGGCAAAAUGGUAAUCGUACAAUACCGGUUGCAGUUAAAAAAUUACAUCCAUUACGACAUGAUAAAUCAACAAUAGAUAGUUUUAUUCGUGAAAUUGAAACACUGAAAGCAUUAAGAAAUAAUUAUAUUGUUGCUCUAUAUGGUGUUGCACAAAAUUUCCUAACAAAUGAAACACUAGUUGUAACAGAGUUAAUAAAAGAUGGAGAUUUAAAAAAUUGGUUGAAAUCUUGUACAAAUGUACUUGAUGAAAAUACUGUUGUUUCAUUUGCAUAUGAUAUAUGUCGUGGAAUGUCAUUUCUUGAACAAAAAUUACGUGUACAUCGAGACUUAUCUUGUAGAAAUCUCUUAAUAAGUGCUAAAGGAAAUACAAUUAAAAUAGCUGAUUUUGGUUUUUCGACAUUUGUGAAUAAAGAUGAUUUUGUACAACGUAAAGAAGCUUAUUUUCAAAAAAUACCUAUUCGUUGGACAGCUCCAGAGGUACUUGAUAAUGAAACUGCUUAUUCAAUAAAAUCUGAUGUUUGGUCAUUUGGUAUUGUAUUAAUUGAAAUUUGGCUAAAAGGUGAUGAUCCUUAUCAAGAUGAAAAAGAAUUUGCUUCAAUACGAGCACUUGUACUUAGUGGAUAUGUUCAUAAAAAACCUUUGAAAUGUUCAAAUCAAUUUUAUAAUCGAUUAAUUUUUCCAUGUUUAUGUUAUGAACCAAAUCAACGACCCAAUUUUCAAUCAUUAGUAGAACUUUUAAGUCAAUGGCAUCAAUUAAAAGCUGAAUAUGAACGUUUAAAUUGUCCAUAUGUGAAAUUUUCUUCAUAG